AUGUCCGAUUCCGAAGGAGGAAGGUCUUUCACCCUGCAGAAUGGUGCAAAGAGCGGGCAGCGACCAUUUGUCAGCUUGAGGAGGCGCUCUGACACGGUCUUCUCCUCGUCUACAGCCGCAUCAUUUGAUGCUAGGUUCCCCAACCAGAACCAAACCAAGCACUGCUGGCAGAACUACGUCGACUACUACAAGUGCGUCAAUGCAAAGGGCGAGGAAUUCACGCCCUGCAAGCAGUUCUACCGCGCAUACCACUCUCUCUGCCCCAAUGAGUGGCUGGCGAAAUGGGACGAGCAGCGGGAGAACAACUCUUUCCCUCAUUCGCUCGAUCCCUAAAAGGAUCUCGGAGGGAAGGUCCCCGGGGCGGGCUGCAUGCGAGAGAUGCAUCGUCAAGAAAAGGAGCAUGAACAGGUGUCAAUAGCUAAGAAACAAGAGAAACCUUCAACACCAAUCAACAAAUUUAUUUUCGUUGCUACUACCUCAGCCAAGAAGAAAACAGAAAAAUCAACAUAGAAAGACUGGGGACACAAAUCUCAGCAGCUCGUCUUGGGAGAGAAGUCAAACUGGCGUGAAGAAGAUCAGGAACUAGUGUGUCUGACAGUAGGCGCUGAAGACAGACUAACCUUGAGCUUCAUGUUGGUGUCGUAG